AAACCCACUUCCUUUAGAGACAGUAUGUACAGGCUACAGACUUGCGUGCAACAAUACGUCAUAAACAUGCCCACCUACUCCUACUCUGCACAACAGGUAGAUGUGACACUACUGUCAGAACUGUAUAGUUUUCUCAGCAUAUAGCCGAUUGCCUCUUAAAGAUAAUAUUUUCCGUACUCCAGCGAAGAGUUGAACACCUUCUUUUCAGCAGGCACCUCAGUGACUGUGUGGGUAGAGGAAGUACGCAAAGGUAUGUGCGGCCCACUGAUUGCUCUUCUCAGCUUGAAGAUUAAAUGCUGUCUUUGUUUCGGACUGAUCUCUUUGCUCGAAUCAAGUUGAUCAAGAUGAGUUUGUGUAGUUAUUUACUUCUUAAGGGCCAGAAUAAUCCAUGAUUUAAAGUGACUUGAACAGCUUGUGGUCAUUACUUGAUUAUUAUACAGUGAUUACUCUUGUUUAUGCCAAGUGAUGUUCCUGUUGGUGUUAUGUUGAGAGGUGUGGGUUGAUAUACGACAGAAAUUCUAUCCCGGAUGCAGUGCAAUAUUUUUUCAACAUUUGUCAGCUUUUCAUCUUCAUGCAAUUGUUAUUGUUUUGAUUUGUUUUUAUCUGCAUUCUAAUAUAUUUUCAUUAGUAGAUUCCAAAUUACAUCUUGCAGUGAGUAACUCCUUUUUCUUUAUAUGACUCAGAGUCCAAAUAAGUUUUGUAAUAUAGAGACCUAUGGCUUGAUAUGAGAAAACUUUCUGUAGAGGAAGAAUGGAAAUGUGAAACAUUUGAAUGGCGAGUCAAACUUAGUUCAAUAAUAGUGAAAGGGGUGUUAUGUCUGUAGGUAUCCUUAUUUGUAGAGGCAAUGCCUUUAUCAUUAUGUAUUUAUUUAUGUAAUUAUUCUUCUACAAACUCACAUUUCUGCCACAUUAGUAUUUUAAUGUGUGUUAAUAUGUCUUUAUUAAUUUAAAUAGAAAGGUAUUCCUGUCAUUUUUACUUGCACUGUAGACAAGGGAAAGGACCUUUAGGCCAUAGUGAUUAUUUAAAAUUUGACAAAUAGUUGCUACAGUAUAUCUGAAUGAUAUUCCGCAAAAGUCAUUCUAUAGCCCGGUUCAUUCAAAUCAAAAGGAAAUGUCUAGAGAUGUUCUGCGUAAUUUUCCAUUGUUCAAACUGAAAGCAACAGAUAAGGAUAUAGGUAUUUCAGUUUAUUCAGAAGGAUGUUUGCUCCUCAGGUUCAAAAACUAAAAUACUAAAAAUAAAACUGUAAUCAGCUAAAAUAACAAUAUCCAGGAUUCAGUAAGGUUGACUAAGGUUGAAUAAUCAAAGUUACAUAAAGUAUAAAAUACUGUGAAUGUUAAAUUAAGUAAAAUUAUUUUCUUUUGCAAAUGUGCAUGGUAUCAUAUGUGUAUUGUUUGAAGUGUUUUUAAGCAUUAGAUCAGUCUAGAACGAUGAAACUAUUACAUGCUAUUCUGCUGUACUUAGCGCUGCAAGCAUGUAUAAUGUAAGAUGAUCAUUAUUGUUGUUAACAAAAGUUACCGUGAUAGCUGGCUUGAUAUUAUCAAGUUAUUUGCUCUAUAUUUCUCUGUUAAGAUCUUUUAUCUGUGAAUGAAAAAGGCCCGUGUCAACCACAAAAAACGCGUUGCACUUUCUCCUCUGACUAAAUACAUUUGUCCUGUUUCUGUUUUGGAUGCUUUUGUGUUCUUCCUUUUGUUGCAAAUGCCAAAUGCGAUACAGGGUGACGAUAAGCCCAGAUUUGUAUUUAGAGGGUAAUAUCUGCUUGUCCAUUUGUUAGACAUGCUGACACAAAUCAUGCACGUUGGAGAUAAACUAACAAAGCAGAGGUGGCAUGGUUUUUGAAAAAAAAAACAUGGAGCUGGUGGUUUUACAGUGCAACAGUGCAACAGUACUACCCCCGCAACCACACGCACCUGUGCAUAGCCAAGAAAUAUCACUUCAACUUUCUAACUCUCACAAUCACAGAGCCAGAAAGGGAUAUGGAAUGUGACUGUUUUAGUCUUGUGUUUUCUUUCACACAAGGGAAUCAUCCUACUAUUUAAGCAUUUUCACUUAACAUAUGAAUGUGCAUACCACUGUUUCAGACACCUCCAGAGUUUUUGAGAUGUUAUUUUACACUGUUAUUGAAACACAGACACGUAUUUGUUUCACUUUAGUGGGUGAGGAAGUUGAAUUGAAGUCAUUCAAGGAACUUGCUCGAAGAAUAUUUGUACUCUUGAAUGUAGAAAACGAAUUCAAAAGUAAAAACACGUUGUCUUAAAUACAGAUAGUCAUUCAUAUUAAGAUAGUAGACAUAGUUGACAUCAUGUGGUGAAAUAUUACUCAGAAAUCCCUUUGUGUGUAUUUGUAAUGUUGCAGCAAAGACACCAGAAAGUGAGUAUGAGGUCUCGGCGUGGGAGUUUGAACUCUGGCGAAUUGCCGCUCGUGUGUCAGGAUGAGCCCAGAGACGCGCCAUGUUCUGUGCCAGUGCACAGACAAAGACACUCACUUCAGCCAACAGGCCUGGCCACAUCAGUGCAGAUUUCUGCACCGCUCAUGUUAAGACUGUCAAGCCCUUUGAUCAGGUCAGCUCAGACAUCUUUACUACUACAGCAGUGCUCCAGUGAGGAGGUGGGCAAACAGUUUGUGCAGCUGACAUCCAUGACCCCCAGAAUCAUUCAGAGUAGACCUUCAGUCCUCAGACGACCUCCUCAUCCUCUGCAACAAGAUCAGCCAAGAUGGUCAAACCCCUUUUCAGAUGAAGGCUUUCACGUGAUCAGACGUUACCUCACAGCGUCAGUGGGACAUCCGUCUAAAUGCACCGCUGAAACAGCCCAGUCCUGGAAACUCAGCCAGCACAGGAGAUCUAGGGGGCACACACAUCAUGAGCCUUCUCAGUCUUCAGAAAACCAAAGCCCACUUUACGUUAACGGACUCUGUCGAUGGCCAGGAUGUGAAGCAAGAUUUGAGGACUAUGCAGAUUUCCAAAAGCACCUUAUCAGUGACCACACUUUCGAUGUCAACGGCAGUGCGCAGUGGAAAAUACAGCGAGAUCUGGUGCAACGCAUGGAGAACCAGCUGGUACUGGAGAAAAAGAAACUCCAAGCCAUUGAGUGUCACCUCAACCUAUCUGACCAGAGAUCAACAACCUCACCCGUGCAGAAAGCCAGCUCCUGCCUGCCUGCUAGCCUGGCAGAGAGAGAGGCCCGAUCAGAGGGAGCAUAUGGUGCCUCAGAGUUUGCCAGCGAGGAACCAGUGGAGCGGGGGCUUCCAAAAUUAUGGCAAGCUCCCCUCCCACACCUGCUGCCAGAUAUGACUGCCAGCUUUGAUGUUUACAAAUAUACCAAUAUUAGACCUCCAUACACCUACGCUUGCCUAAUACGAUGGUCAAUACUGGAGGCCCCAGACCAGCAGCGGACUCUCAAUGAAAUCUACAACUGGUUCAUGCAAAUGUUCAUCUACUUUAGACACAACAAUACAGCAUGGAAGAAUGCAGUCCGUCACAACCUGAGCUUGCACAAGUGCUUUGUGCGUGUUGAGGGAGGGAAAGGAGCCGUUUGGACAGUGGAUGAGACUGAGUUUCAGAAGAGAAAAAAACAGAAAUUCAACAGGGACUACAUGUUGAGAUGGCUCACACCCUACUAGAGUCUUCCCUCAAAGCCAGACUCUCACUGAAGCAGAGACAUGGCACCUUUUUCUGCAGUGACUAUAUAAAUUUAAUAUGAGGCUCAUCCAGACCGCGAUGCUGCCCUGAAUAAAGGUGUAUAAUAACUAUAUAAUAAUAAUAAUAAUAAUAAUGAUAAUAAUAAUACAUAUGAAAUUAAAAUUUUAGUCAUUAGUACAAACUGCUUCUGUUUUAAAACGGUUUGCUGUGUAGAUAUUUUGAGCAAUGAAUUUUGUCUUUGAUAGCUAAUUGGUAUAAAACGUUGUGAAAUAAAUUCCCAUUUAGAACUCAAAUUCCCCUUUCAUGUUCAUAUGUAUUGAGGCGUGGGAAAUGUUUCUUGCAUUGGUGUCUGAUGUGUUGUGUUAAAACGAAAGGCCAAGGUCGAGUGAAACUCAGCUCACCUUAAAUUCAUAUUGUUUAGCAUUAGCAUUACAGUCCUUACAGGAAGUACAAAGUAUACUGCUGUACAGGAUAUAAACACCCAACCAUUUGAAGUCUGUCCAGGGAAUAUCACAUCUGUAGUUUUCUAAAAUGUAAUGAAAUUCAUAAAAUUGGGUGUUAUUUCAGCAUGUGACCAGAAGAGGGCCAUAGAACACAGGACAGUCUGACAACUAUGGGUGUGGUUGGCAUUACUCCUAUUAAAACAAUGGAUGGCAUAGUAUAAUUCAGAAUUUUGUUCUUUUCGUUUUGUUUUUAAUAAAGAACCUUAUUCAUCACCAA